CACCAUUUCUUCCAUUUUCGGCACAGCCUCAGACUGGGCCUCCACACGAUUCUUCAAAAUUUUCAGUUAUUUCUUCAAUUGUGCUGCUUAAUCUUUUGUUAUGAGAUUGCACUGAUUCGUUGGGAACAGAAGCGGCAAUCGCAAUGGUGGAAAUCGAGGAGGAGAAGGAAGAAGAUAAGUUAUAUGGUGUUGCUAGUUCGAUUGGUUUUUUGGGUAAAUUGGAAGAAAAGUACAGAGAAAUCAAAGAGAAUGCUGAAACAUAUCCUUAUGUAUGGGGAUCAUACAUUGUUGUCUAUGGCGGAUUCGCUCUUUGGACUGGUUAUAGAUGGAGAAAGCUUCGGAAGACGGAAGACAGAGUACGCGUUUUACAGGAGAAGCUUCGACAGCGUUAUGAAGCAGAACAAUCUUCCGCCAAACAAUCAGCAAAUUCAGUUCAUAAAAAUCCAUCUUCUUCCAAGCAGUAGCCAGAUUUUGAAUAUCUUCUUCUUCUUGCGAAUAUAUUGGUUAGAUUUUAUAUCUCAUUUGUUCUGCUGUUAGGUUUUGAUUGGUAGGAAUCCCAUUUCCUUUGUUGACAAAUACAAUGCUCUAUUCUAGUUCAAAAUCAAAUGUGCAAUGCAAAUUUAGGAAACAAAAGAAUAAUGUUUUACAAUGACUUUUGUUGGAAUGCUAGUCGCUGUUCUUAGUUUCCCACUGA